AGGGAACAGCGCCCCAUCCAUAAUUGAUGCUAGCUGUGGGCAGGCAGAUGCUGGAGGCAGGAGGAAGAAGGGAGGGAAGGAGGGAGGAAGAAGGGAGAACAGCUGGAUGUGUUUAUGGAGGAGAAAGAGGAAGGCAAGAUGGUGGAGCAGGGUAACCAGGAGGCCCCUCCCCCUCCGGACUCCAGGACUCAGCCGUACCCCUCCGCCCAAUUUGCCCCCCCUCAGAACGGCCUGCCCGCUGAGUUCACCGCCUCACACCCUCACCCUGCGCCCCCCGACUACACAGGACAGCCCCCCGUCAGCGAACACACCCUCAACAUGUACCCCACUUCACAGAACCACAGUGAACAGAGUGGACAGGACACCAGGAUACAGACCGUCUCAGCCACAGCCACACAGACAGAGGAGGUGUCUCAGACAGACAGUCAGCAGCAGAGCCAGUCGUCUGACAGUUGUAACAGUAAGACUCAGCCCAAGCGUCUCCAUGUCUCCAACAUACCCUUCAGAUUCAGGGACCCAGACCUCAGGCAAAUGUUUGGCCAAUUUGGUCAAAUCUUAGACGUUGAAAUCAUUUUUAACGAGCGGGGCUCUAAGGGUUUUGGGUUCGUAACUUUCGAGCAUAGUGCGGACGCUGACAGGGCGCGAGACAAAUUACACGGCACGGUCGUAGAAGGUCGUAAAAUAGAGCUCCACUCGUAUACACCCCCAACUCUGUUACCACGGUAACAAAACACAAACAAGUGGGCGGGGCCAAAAACUGGUCUGGGAAUG